CUAGCAAAGUUAUAUUCGGAUCAGCUUCAACUGCAAGUGAUUUCUUAAUUGUUAACACCCGUAUCCUUUCUUAUCCCUCCUUCAUCAUGGCCGACAAGAAGAAUCUUCUGUUACUCUUUGAUCGCCCCCAAGAGCCGGUGUUUAUGGAAAAGGGCAAUAAAGUCGUUUUUGAUGUCCCCGACAACUUCCUGACCGAUCGUUACAAACCAAUUGGAAAUGAGGUCCAGAGUCGUUUUGGCGAGAAAGCUGAACAAAGGAUUCCUGUGAACAAUAUCUCAAUUCCGGAUCUAAGGAUCCCAAUGUCACUUGGAAGGAACGAACAAUUUUCACUGUUUGUACCUCGGCAUAGGCGAGUUGCUGGCCGACUUAUUGAUAUCUUCGUCGGUGUUCGUUCGAUUGAUGAUCUUCAAAGUGUUGCAGUCUUUGCUCGUGAUCGUGUCAACCCUUAUUUAUUCAAUUAUGCGCUUUCUGUUGCUCUCCUGCAUCGUCCGGAUACCAAAGGAUUGCGUCUACCAUCAUUUGUUGAAACCUUCCCUGAUAAGUAUGUUGACUCAAAAGUUUUCGCGCAAAUCCGCGAAGAAGCAACGGUAGUAGAAGAGGGUUCCAGAAUGCCAAUUAUCAUCCCGCGAGAUUACACAGCAUCGGAUUUGGACCCAGAGCAUAGAUUGUGGUACUUCCGUGAAGAUAUGGGUGUGAAUCUCCACCACUGGCAUUGGCAUUUAGUCUAUCCAUUCGAAGCUGCAAGCCGUGAAAUCGUCAACAAGGACAGACGUGGUGAACUCUUCUAUUACAUGCACCAGCAGCUUGUCGCCCGCUACAACUUUGAGAGAUUCAGCAAUAAUUUGGCACGAGUCAAGCGAUUCAACAACUUGCGCGAGCCCAUUCCUGAAGGAUAUUUCCCGAAGAUGGAUUCCUUGGUUGCCAGUCGCGCUUGGCCACCUCGUGUGGAAAACACAGUUCUCAGAGAUCUCAAUCGGGAAUUGGACCAAAUCAAACUUGAUGUUUCUGACUUGGAGAGAUGGCGUGAUCGAUUCUUUGAAGCUGUCCACCAGGGAUUCAUUGUUGAUGAAAGCGGCAACCGCGUUCAAUUAGACGAAACCCGCGGCAUUGAUAUCCUUGGAAAUAUAAUGGAAUCCUCGAUCAUCUCACCGAAUCGUCAGCUUUAUGGGGAUCUUCACAAUAUGGGCCACGUUUUCAUUUCCUAUUCUCACGACCCUGAUCAUCGUCAUUUGGAGUCAUUCGGAGUAAUGGGUGAUACCGCCACCGCUAUGAGAGAUCCUAUCUUCUACAAAUGGCACGCAUAUGUUGAUGAUAUGUUCCAGGAACAUAAGGAAAGUUUGACACCAUAUACGCUUCCACAGCUCAACUAUCGCGGAGUCACAGUCACUGGUAUCAAUGUAGCUCCUGAAGGAGGUAAAGCUGAUACCUUCCAAACAUUCUGGCAACAGUCAGAUAUCAACCUGUCCCGUGGAAUGGAUUUCGUACCGCGUGGAAACGUUUUCGCCAGAUUCACCCACUUACAACAUGCCCCAUUCACCUACACGAUCAACGUUAAUAAUGAUGGAGGCGCAGCCCGGUUUGGUACCAUACGUAUCUUCUUGGGACCGAAAUUUGAUGAACGUGGUACUGAGAUGUUGUUCCGUGAUCAACGUUUGCUUAUGAUUGAGUUGGACAAGUUUGUAGUGUCAUUACGUCCUGGACAAAAUACUGUAAGACGUCGUUCUAUAGAGUCCUCCGUUACUCUACCCUUUGAACGUGUCUUCCGGAACUUAGAUGACAAUCGACCAGCAGAAGGUACAGCCGAAGAAGCUCAAUUCAACUUCUGUGGCUGUGGAUGGCCCGAUCAUAUGCUCAUUCCCAGAGGAAAACCAGAAGGACUUCCCUGUCAGCUUUUCGUUAUGAUUUCGAACUAUGAUGACGAUAGGGUCGACCAAGAAUUGACUGGAACGUGCAACGAUGCGGCCUCCUAUUGUGGUGUUAAGGAUCGAUUGUAUCCUGACCGUCGUGCCAUGGGAUACCCAUUUGAUCGUCUACCAAGACAAGGAAGCGACCGACUCAGCAACUUCCUGACACCAAAUAUGAUGGUCAAGGACAUGUCUAUUGUUUUCACUGACCGUACAACUGUCCGCUCUAUUCCUUUCACUAUGGCUGACAAGAAGAAUCUCCUGUUGCUCUUCGAUCGCCCACAGGAGCCAGUUUUUAUGGAAAAGGGCAAUAAGGCCGUUUUCGACAUCCCUGACAAUUUCCUGACCGAUCGUUACAAACCAAUCGGCAAUGAGGUCCAAAGUCGUUUUGGCGAGAAGGCUGAACAAAGGAUUCCUGUGAACAAUAUUUCGAUUCCGGAUCUAAGGAUCCCAAUGUCAUUGGGCAGGAAUGAACAGUUUUCUUUGUUUGUCCCACGGCAUAGGCGAAUUGCUGGACGACUUAUUGAUAUUUUCAUGGGUGUUCGCUCAAUCGACGAUCUUCAGAGUGUUGCAGUCUUCGCUCGUGAUCGUGUCAACCCUUAUUUAUUCAACUAUGCCCUUUCUGUUGCUUUGCUUCAUCGUCCGGAUACCAAAGGAUUGCGUCUACCAUCAUUUGUGGAAACCUUUCCUGACAAAUAUGUUGACUCAAAGGUUUUCUCGCAAAUCCGUGAGGAAGCAACGGUAGUAGAAGAAGGUUCCAGAAUGCCUAUUAUCAUCCCGAAAGAUUAUACCGCUUCGGAUUUGGACCCAGAACAUCGACUAUGGUACUUCCGCGAAGAUAUGGGUGUCAACCUCCAUCACUGGCAUUGGCACUUGGUCUACCCAUUCGAAGCUGCAAGUCGUGAAAUCGUGAAUAAAGAUAGACGUGGUGAACUCUUCUACUACAUGCACCAGCAGCUUGUCGCUCGUUACAAUUUGGAAAGAUUCAGCAAUAAUUUGGCACGAGUUAAACGAUUCAACAACUUACGCGAUCCCAUCCCGGAAGGAUAUUUCCCGAAAAUGGAUUCUUUGGUUGCCAGUCGUGCCUGGCCUCCACGUAUGGAAAACACAGUUCUCAGAGAUCUUGAUAGGGAGCUGGAUCAAAUUAAACUUGAUGUAUCUGACUUAGAGAGAUGGCGUGAUCGUUUCUAUGAAGCUGUGCAUCAAGGAUUUAUUGUUGAUGAAAGCGGCAACCGUGUCCAACUAGACGAAACCCGUGGCAUUGAUAUCCUUGGAAAUAUAAUGGAAUCCUCGAUCAUUUCUCCCAAUCGUCAGCUAUACGGAGAUCUUCACAAUAUGGGCCAUGUAUUUAUUUCCUACUCCCAUGAUCCUGAUCAUCGCCAUUUGGAGUCAUUCGGAGUAAUGGGUGAUUCUGCAACUGCUAUGAGAGAUCCUGUCUUCUACAAAUGGCAUGCAUACGUCGAUGAUAUGUUCCAGGAACAUAAGGAAAGCCUUACACCAUACACUCUACCACAACUCAACUAUCGCGGAGUCACAAUCACUGGUAUCAGUGUAGCUCCUGAAGGAGGUAAAGCUGAUACCUUCCAAACAUUCUGGCAACAAUCUGACAUAAACUUGUCCCGUGGAAUGGAUUUCGUACCACGUGGCAAUGUUUUCGCCAGAUUCACCCACUUACAACAUGCCCCAUUCACCUACACGAUCAACGUUAAUAAUGAUGGAGGCGCAGCCCGGUUUGGUACCGUGCGUAUUUUCUUGGGACCGAAAUUCGAUGAACGUGGUACUGAGAUGUUGUUCCGUGAUCAACGUUUGCUUAUGAUUGAGUUGGAUAAGUUCGUGGUUUCAAUGCGUCCUGGACAAAAUACCAUCAGACGCCGGUCUAACGAGUCUUCUGUCACCAUACCCUUCGAGCGAGUUUUCCGAAAUUUAGAUGACAAUCGACCAGCAGAAGGCACAGCUGAGGAAGCUCAAUUCAACUUCUGUGGCUGUGGAUGGCCGGAUCAUAUGCUUCUUCCCAGAGGAAAACCAGAGGGACUCCCAUGUCAACUCUUCGUUAUGGUAUCGAACUACGAUGAUGAUAGGGUCGACCAAGAAUUGACUGGAACGUGCAACGAUGCGGCCUCUUAUUGCGGUGUAAAAGACCGAUUGUAUCCUGACCGUCGUGCUAUGGGCUAUCCAUUCGAUCGUCUACCAAGACAAGGAAGCGACCGACUCAGCAACUUCCUCACACCCAAUAUGAUGGUUAAGGACAUCCCAGUUGUAUUCACUGACCGUACUACUGUCCGCUCUUAGUUCGCUCUCUCGCUCUCUUAAUAUGGUCGAUUAGGUUUUUGUCUCAACUGAAAUUUCAAUGAAAAUAAAAUAAAAUAAUGCGUCUAUCAACUGCA